CUCUCUCUUUUUGGUUGCUAUUGUUUCUUUUUUUAAAUUGUAGUUAUUUAUAAUUUCCGUCUAUUUCAGUGUUUAUGAAUGAAUCAGAGGACACCCCGGGUUUUUGUGAGCUGACAUUAAACUUAAGGUUACAUGUAGCCCUGUUUGUUGGUGAUAGCCCAGGUGACACUCCACCAGUGCCAAACUCUCAGGGUGUGUGUGUGUGUGUGUUGAACCCUGACUGCUUUCUAUAUUUAGCCCCACAGUGAGUGUUUCUGCUCGGCCCCGUAUGUCUCUGGCUUCUCCGGUGACAGUCCAGUCCAGUCUCUGCGGAUCUGUCAAACUGCGCUUCGAGUUUCAUCUCCAGAAAAUUGCUCCAGAGCGAGAUCUGCUGCUCCACACGGGACAUCACUGUCGGCUCUACCUGCGUCUGAGCAUCGGGCAUCUCCACCACAAACGCACCUUUUGCGCUGCGUCGGUGCCAUGCUGUCGGGGGUCUGUGGAUGAGAAAGUAUGUCGUCAGACUUCUACUCCAGAGAUGAUCCGGUGGAGAGGGGGCCCAUCCCCCUGGACAUUGACAACGUCCACAUGCUGCUGCAGGUGGAACAAGAACAGAUCCAGAAGAAGACCUUCACUAACUGGGUCAACGCUCAGCUGGCAAAGCGGAGGCCUCCAUGUCUGGUCGUGGAUCUGUUCAACGAUUUCCGCGAUGGCUCCAAACUGUUGGACCUGCUGGAGGUGAUGAGCAGUCAGCGCAUUAGUCGGGAGAGAGGCAGAGGAAUGUUUCAGCACAGGAGCAACAUUGAGAAAGCCCUUUCCUUUCUGAAAAACAAAUCGAUCAAACUGGUCAACAUAAACAUUCCUGACAUUAUCGAUGGUAAACCGUCCAUCAUCCUGGGCCUCAUAUGGACGAUCAUUCUGCAGUAUCAUAUCGAGGAGUUGGCCAGCGGCCUCUCGUUCAGCUCCCGUCAGUCCUCCAUGGAGUCUUUGACCAGUCUGGACUCGCGCUCCACCCUCUCGAGCCGCUCUGCCAGCAGCAGUCCUCUUCCCCCGAGAGGCUCACCACUCCACAAUCGUUUCAGGGUCUCUGCCAAGAAGGCCCUGCUGCUCUGGGUCCGGGAACAGUGCCACAAAGCUGGCUGUACCAUAAAUGUGAAAGACUUCAAAGCUAGCUGGAGGAGUGGAGUAGUCUUUCUGGCGAUCCUGCACGCUCUGCGGCCAGACCUGGUGGAUCUGUCCAAAGCCAGAACCAGAAGCAACAAGCAGAACCUGGAAGAGGCUUUCCGCAUCGCAGAGAGAGAGCUGAGGAUCCCCAGACUGCUGGAUCCUGAUGAUGUGGAAGUUCGAGACCCCGAUGAGAAGUCCAUCAUGACCUACGUGGCUCAGUUCCUGCAGUACUCCAGAGACCUGCCAGCGUCAGAGGAGGAGAUGCAGACACAAUACCUGACUCCUAAAAGUCCUUCUCCUGUCAACCUGCCCGCUCACUACACUCCUGCUAUCGCCGCUUCGCCUCUGCGUCAGGCGACGCCUGACCGAAAGGCGAAGGAAGUGACAUGCUGGCUGGUUCAGGCGUACGACGAGCUGCUGGAGGGAUGGGACUCCACCGAGGGCGAGAGCUACUCAGAGAGAUACCAUGUGUUUCACACCUUUGUGGUGUCCUUUAAUGAGCAGCGGCGUCCCAUCAUGCCUCUGUUGACAGCGAUGAGGCGAACCCCGACACUGAGCGAGGAGCAGCGAGCUCUGAGAGAGGCGUGGGGCGCCCUCUCUGAAAAACUUCGUGAAUAUAAAGUCGAGUUGGACAUGAGUCUCCCGGCCCCCUUGAACACGGUGGCUCGCUGGCUGCUGAAAUCAGAGGGUGCUCUGGCCGAGGAGGUGGGCGACCCACAGGACCACGGCCGAGCCGCUGACGAAGCCAGGGAGAAACAGGAGCUGCUCAAAGUUUGCUUGGAGGAGAUGCCGCAGCACGUGAAGACCUUCCAGACCUUCCAGAACCAGGAUGAGUACGGAAACAUGAUGGUUCCCACUGACAAGAUGGACGAGCUGAAGAGGAGGUUCACCAGUGUUAGAGUGUCUGCUAAGUACCACGGGAUCAAGCUGGAGUACCGGGAGCACCGGCACACGGUUUUGGACCUGUUGGGUCAGAUCAGAACCAAGCUCCGGGUCUGGAAGAGGCCUUACAUCUCCCCGGAGGCUGUCAGGGUGUUGCUGCAAGAAUGGCAUGAGCUGGCGAGCAGGCAGGAGCUACCGACUUUGUUGGAAGCAACUCUUCAUAAACUGAAACAGAUUUCUGAGAAGUAUUCAAGCAAAUCAGCGCUGGCUGCAGAUUACCAGCACGUCAGUCAGCAGGUGAAGCAGCUGGAGGAGGACACUGCCGUGAUUUUGGAGGAAGUGACUACAGCCAAGAGCUCCAUGGGGCGGGUCCUGUCAUCGUGGGACUCUUACAGCGACUGCCUCAGCUCCCUGCAGGCUUGGCUGGAGCAGGGCUCUGUAAACAGACCCGAGUUGACGUCUGAGUCUGUCGCUGAGUGGCGCUCUCGACAGGCCCACCUGAACGAGGUGGGCAACUUCCUGAUCGAGUCCACCGCCCCGCAGACCAGCAGGAGCCUGGCAGAGGAGCUGCGCAGACUCAACAUGCAAUGGGCUGAGUUCAUGAAGAGAAACACAUUUGACAGCACGGCUGAGCCCAGUGCUGACGUCCAAGCCAGAACCCCAGCUCUGAUCAGGGAAGCCACUCUCUUUCUCAAAGAGCCCGUGGAGGCUAUGGCAGGUCCUUUACGCACCUACAGGAAAAGAAUACAGUUCAUAAUGAUGAAAAUAAAAGAAGUGGAUCUGGAGGCUCUGGCUCCCUCACCAGAAUACCCAGCGGAUCAGUUACAAAAAAUGAAGCUUGCUAUACCAGAAGUGAUGCAGACCUUGCUUGAGGCAGAACAGGUUUGUGCAGAGCUCCAGCACAGUGUGUCCGGUCUGGACAGUCGUCUGGCUGAACUCCUUCACUGGGAGGCUGAGGCCAGCGAGCUCUACCAGCUGCUGAAGGGUGCAGAACGACAACAGCGGGGCCAAGACCCACGAGCCAGGGUCCUGAUAUCACGUGGUUUACAGCUGGAGGGUCAGGUGGUCACAGAGGAGCAGGACCUACAGAUGAUGGUGAUGACGAAUCAGAAGAACUCUCCACUCCAGUACCUCCAUGCCUCAGCCAUGCAGGACCGAGUCCGAGCCGCUGUUGCUCAGUCACAGGAAGCUGUAGGCAUGCUGAGCAGCCUGGGAGCCAGAAGAGACAGGAGCAGAAGCCCCCCAGAAGGGUCUCCUCCAUCAAAGAUCUUUAUCCAGGCUAAAGGACAGCCUCAGCGUCUGAGAGAGUCAGACACCAGGCAGUCCGAGACAAAGUCAGUUACACAUACCUUUGUGCCAAAGAUAGUGGUGCAGGAAUACAAAGACGAAAAGAUGAUUUCUCCUACGAUGCCAUAUACCUACGCUGAAGCUGUGAUGCAGACCAGGAGAAAGUCUCCUCCAGAAGGCCAGGCUCAAGCCUGGUCAGGGACAGAUGCGUAUACACAACUUAAGGGACAGACAGAAAAAAAGCUACAACAAGAACAACACGAAGUGCAACAACGAGCACCAACACAACCACAACAACAGCAGCAGCAGAAACAGGAACAACAACGGGUGGAGCAGCAUCUGCAGACAGAAAUACAUCGAUAUCAAGAUCAGCAGCACGUAGUAACAGAUAUACAGGUUGAACAACAAGUCAGACAGUCAGCAGAGCACCAUGAGCAGACUUUAACUCAACAACCACCUGUAAGGAUACCACCUCUGAGCCCCCAGGAGCUUAAAAGUAGAAAGGCUCAGGCCAUGAAGAACCGGCCCUGGCUUCAGAAGCCAGCCCCAGGGGAGCAAAAAACUCCAGGUCAAAAUCUGGAACAGGAUUCCAAAGAAACAGUGAGAUCAGUUCAGGUUGUUGUACAGCAGACAGUAACUGCUAGCUCGCAGCUGGAAGGACAUGCAAAGGUUACUGAACCACAACUUCAACGAGACCAGCAGCAGCAGCAAGAAAAAGAGAAGCAUCAGCAGCAACUACAGCACCUGGAAAAACACCAAAAGCAACAGGAACAAUUGCUGCAGCCAGAACAACAAAAACAACUGCAACAAACACUGCCUAUUCUAAGACAAGCAGAACCUGAUUCAGACACAAAGGCCAAACCCCAGACUGUAACCACGGCUCAGCCUCACCCACAUACAACAACCCAAUAUCAGUCACAACCCCAAACUACAGUUCAUUCUAAAUCUCAGGCAGCAGUACAAGCGCAGUCCACAAGUGUGUCCCACAGUACCACAGACAGUCAGCAACCACUGAAGGCCAUGUCCCAAACUAAAGUGAGCCAUGGUCAGUCACAGGCACAGGUUCUUCCACAGCCCCAUGACCCCAUGAAGACACAGUCAUUGACCCAGCCACAGACACAAGUACAGCUUCAACCCCAGCUUCAGACUCAGCCCCAAACAAGUGUCCCAGCUGAACCGCAGCCAUCUACGCAGUCACAGGGUCUACCCCAUGGCCUAGCUGUAGCUCAAAUGCAGGCAUGGACUCAAGUCAGACCUUCUUCACCUAUGCAGGCUCCACUACAGGGCCAAAUUCAGCCUCCUGUGCCAUCUCACAUUCAGCUUCGUAGUCAUCCACAUUCAUGGGCCCCCGUUAGACCCCCCUCCCCUAAGUCACCAACACACCCCCAGAUCCAAACAGAUGCUCAGUCAAUGCCCCAGUCACAAGCCUAUCCUCAGUCCAUGGUCCAGGUUCAAACACAUGCUCCUCCACAGGGCCAUCCUCAAACUCAUCCUCAGUCGAAGGUCCUGCCUCAAACCCAUCCUCAGCCAAAGGCCCAGUCUCAGAUGCAUGCACAGUCAAUGGCCCAGGCUCAAAUGCAUACCCAAUCCAUGACCCAGUCUCAAACCCAUGCUCAGUCAAUGGUCCAGGUUCAAAGUCAUCCUCAGCCAAACGCUCAGUCUCAAUUGCAUCCUCAGUCGAUAGCCCAGUCUCAAAUCCAUGCCCAGUCCAUAGUCCAGGGUCAAACCCAUUUACAGCCAAUGUCUCAGCCAAGGCACGCACAUCCUUCAACUCAACAAACUCAAGUUCAACUUGUAGUCCAGCCUCAGGGUCAUUCUCAGCCUAUGACUCAGUAUCCCCCACAUGCUCAGCCAGUGGUCCAGCACCCAGGCCAUAUAUCCCCAGGCCAAAUCCAAACUUGGACUCAAGUUAGAGCCUCAUCCCCAAUGUCUAUCUUAAAUCCACAGGCAACAGCCCAACCUCCAUGUUACCCUCAAGGUUACUCCCAGGGUCAGUCACCAUCCCAGCAGUGGACACUGAAACCAGAGUCACAAAGCCAAGCUAUUGCACAGCAGAAGCAUCCAAUUCCCCAACCAUACCCUCAGCAAAUAGGUCAAGUUCCACAGUGUCAGGCUUUACCAACAGUUCAGGGUCUUCCACAGUGGCCCCAAGCCAGGCCCCAGCUAGGACCUCAGAUAGGGCACCCUGGUUAUCCUCACAUGGGGCCAUUAUAUCCUGAGCAGCCACAGACACAAACCCAACCCUGGGUUAAAACACAACCCCAAGUGAGACCCCAGAGUUCCAUGCAACAACAACAACCUCAGAUGAGAUCUUAUGAUACGUUUCACAUGCAGACACAACAAGGCCAAGUUCAGCAACAGACUUGGGUUCAGGCACCACCUCAACUUCAUCCUCAGCCUUAUCCCCAGCCUCAAUCUCAGCAAUAUUCACAGGUUCAGCAUCAGUAUCAAACUCAGCAUCACCCUCAUAUGCAGGCUCAAAUACCUCCUCAAUCGCAAUCACCACACCAAGCCCAUCCUCACUUUCCUCCACAGCCUCAGCGCCAACCGCAGAUGCAAGCCCAGUCCCAAACCCAUAUCCAGAAAGAGCCGUCUAUACAAAUAAAACCACAGGCCCAGACUCAGCAGCCUCAGCUCAAUCUUAAAUUCCAGCAGUCUUUUCCACAACCCAAACAUCAGGCCCAGCUCCAAUCAGAAUCAAAGACUGAGUCACCAAUUCACCCAAAAAGGGAAUCACCCCCACAACCAAAACCCCCAGCCCAAUCAGCACAAAAAACAGAGUUUCAAACACCAACUCAACCUGUGGUUCAGCCACCAAUCCAACCCAAGGCUGAAUCAGUCCCACAACCCAUACCUGAGCCCAAAAUGCCACUACCACCUAUGAGUCAGUCACCAGUCAAGGCCGAAUCACAACCACAACCUAAAUUGCAGGUCCAAACCGCACCACUACCUGAAUCUCAAUCACCAACUCAACCCAAGGUUCAGUCACUGCCACAACCCAAACCACAGGCCCAGUUGCCAUCACAAUCCCAACUUCAGGCUCAGUCACCACCACUGCCCAAGGCUCAAACAGCACCACCCCCUGAAUCUCAAUCACCAACUCAACCCAAGGUUCAGUCACCAAUCCAAUCCAAGGCCCAAUCAAUGCCACAGCUGAAACCUCAGGCACAAUUGCCACCACAGCCCCAACCUCAGGCUCAGUCACCGCCACUACUCAAGGCCCAAACUGCACCACAAUCCAAGGCACAAUCACCCCCACAGGCCAGACCUCAGACCCAACCACUUCCAACACUUCCACAGUCCAAACCUCAAACCAAGUCUUCUCCAGAACCCAAACCCCAACAACCGCAAACUGUUCUUGUCUCCCAGAUCAAUGUGCUGCCUGAGUCCCAGGCUGAGUCACCAGAUCUGUGCAUUACUCCUCCGGCCCUGGCACAGGUGCCUCCCCAGGCCUACACAGAGGCUUAUGCCAAAGCUCAGGCAUUGGCCAGAAAUGGCUUUGAGGAUGCCAAGCACUGUCUGCAGGAGCACAUCAUGGAAACCAUUAACAUCUUUGAAGAUAAGCGUAUAUCGACAGAGCAAGCAUCGGUGAAAGAGGAGACUCUGAGGACCCUGGACCCAGAGAUGCUGGAGGAGUUCUUGAGAGCAGCUAAGGGCAUGGAGGCCUUUUGUACCCCCUCACAGCUCAGAGAAAUGGAGUUCUACACACAGUCUGUCAGUAGACAGUGGGAGGCCAUCAGAGUUGAGAUCUCAGGUUUUUUGCAGCAAUUACGUUUUGAAGUAACAAGGAAAGACUUUAACACAGCUGCCCUGCAGUCUGAGAUGCUCUUAAGGUCACAAUUAGAAAACCGAUCUCAGGCUUGUAUCUCAGAGGAUGGCAGUUUUGCUCAGGCGGGGCAGCAUCUCGAGGCCUUGAAAGAGCUUUGUGACACUCUGAGCCCUGAGGAUGCCCACCGCCUGGCCCAGACUCAGCUCAGAGAGUGUGAGAACAGGCUGGCUGCCAUCCAGCGGCAGUUCAGCGGAGACCAAGAAGCACAGAUCCCUGAUUCAAGGAUUCCUGUUGGCUUCAGUGAGGAUGCGACCACACAAAAGGAACCUAUAAGACCAACAAGUGACAAAUCUCAGGUCUCAGCUGAGAUGUUUCAGGUGACAAUGAGGACAGUGUGUCUGGAGAGGACAGAGGUUGAAAAGCAGACAUCUGUAGAGGAAGAGGUCUCGAAAAAGGAGGCUUUAGAAAGAUAUGAGAACUGUAAGAGGACUCUGCAAGCCCAACUGGCUAAAAAUGAACAAAGCAUCAAGGAUGUUCCGUCUGACUCCGUCUCUCUGAAAGGCCUGCAUACACGGCUCCAAGAAAUACAGUUCUUGAGGCAGGAGACAGAGUCUCUGUGGUCCGAGUACGCAAACCAGUGCUCCCAGUGUUCACAGUUUUCAGGGAACGCUGGUCUGGAGCAGGAGAAGGCGGAGCUGCAGGAGCAGUGGCGCAGCCAACAGUCCAACCUUCAGAAGAGAGGCAGCUUGCUGGGUGCCGCCCUCAGACAGAUCGACUCCACCGAGAACCACAUGGUGGAUUUCACCGACCGCCUGGACCGCUACCUGAGGCAGCCCAAAGACGUCACAGCCUUCACUCUGGCCAAUACCAACAUCCUGAAAGACAUUAAGGAACUGGAUGACAACAUCCAGAGCGAGCUGGACCAAGUGUCCCGCCUGGACCCUGAAUCCAGUGAUCUGGACCCCAGAGACUGCUUCCCUCUGUCCCGUGAGGUCGAGACUCACAGAAACAGCCUGGAUCAGCUCCGGCAGCAGGUCCGGAAGAGCGAGGCAGCCGCCCGAGCCCUCGACCGCUUCCUCAUGUCACUGCGUACCGUGGACGAAGACAUCUCUGGAGUCCAGGGCGCCCCCUGCAGUGACGCUCAGGUACUGCAGGACUGUCGAUCCAAGCUGGCACUGAUCAGGCAGAGCAUCGACAGCCUGAAAGAAAAGGCACCUCAGCUGGAUCUGCUCCUGCAGGGAGCCAGGCUGACGGUCACCAGGGACGGGGUCCCGGCCUCCUGCCUGGACAUGGUGACUGCCCUGCUAAGAAGGCUAGAGGAGGCUGACAGCAGCCUGGCCAGCCAGCAGAAGGGCCUCCAGAAGGAGACACAGAGCAAAUCCCUGGGCCUGAGGAAGAGGACGCUGCUGGGGGAGCUGAGGAAGCUGAAGGAUACCAUCGAAAUGCAAGGCCUGAAGGAGCCUACCAUGCCUGCUGUACAACACAGACUUCGUGCCCUGUCAGAUUUGGAGGGUCCGCUGCAGGUCCAGCACGCAGAGCUCCAGAACCUCCGUGAACUUCAAGAGAAACAGGGUGGAGGAGAAAACCUCUUUGAAGAGGUGGAGACUGAGUGGAGGGAGACUCAGAGAGCUUUUUCUGACAGGAAGAAGCAGUGCAACAUCCUGCUGGAGCUUCUGAAGAAGUUUCAGAGCUGCCGUGGUCACCUGAGCAACACCAUGCAGAGAGCGGAGCAGGCGAUCGGUGAUCAGGCUUCAUACAUGGGCAAAGACAACCUGCAGAGAAGUAUAGCCAAGGUCCAUGAUAUUAAGGAGGAGCUUGCUGGUCUUGGAGAGCAAAUGGAAGAGAUGAGGGGAGUUUGCAGACAGCUGCAGUCCCAACUGAAAAAGUUCCCAGACUGCAGCGAGACUUCCUUUGAAGCAGAGGCCGACACACACAUGGACAACUGGCUGGAUGUGACAGAGAAGACAGAUGCCUACAUGGAUAACCUUCGGGUGGGGCUGGAGCUGUGGGAGAAGCAGCUGAUGGUCGGGGGAGAGGUGGACAGCUGGGCAGGGUCCAAACUGGCCAUGUUUGCAGAGAGCCAUCCCUUCCACAAUGAGCAACAAGUACUUGACAUGAAGGAUGAGAUCCACACCAAUGAAGAGAACAUUGAGCAUUUCCAUAAGAAGUCUCUAGAGAUCCAGGAGAUGCUGCAGGGUCAGGAGGCACCGCUGGAGCUGCAGGUGAUGGAGACCCAGCUGAGGAAGAGGAUGCAGCAGGUAAAGGAGCUGUUCACCGACUGCACCGACGUCUUCGAGGAGCUGGUAGCUGUGAAGACUCACCUGGCUGAGAAGAUAGAGGAGUGCCAGUCAGCUGUAGAGAGCAUCCAGUGUUCUCUCAGCAAGGUGGAUGCUUCGCAACCAAAGAUCGAAGCUCAGAUUCAGGAUCUGUGUGACGACCUGGGGGCUCAGGAGGAGCAGGCUGAGUCCGUGUUGAAGGAGGUGGGUUUGAUUUCCAGUGUGGCCAGCCCUCAGGUGCUAGAGGCGCUGUCUGUAGACUGCAGCAGGCUGAGGGAGGCCAUCGCCCGCACCAAGGACAUGAUCUACCUGAAGAGAGAGGAGAGGGACAAAGGCCUGCUCAAGGUUAUCAAAGAUGAAAGGCAGUCGUUCGGGGGAUGGUUCCAGGACUUGCAGCUGUCCGUCAAUGAGUGCUUUGAGAACCCUGAGAGCAGGACAGACGUGGAAACAUCUCUGCAGAGACUCAUCAGUUUCUUAAAGUCCAAGGAUGCAGAGAGACGUCUGGACCAGCUGAAAGAUCAGCUGGAGAGAGGAGGCCAGCAGGUUCCAACCCAGCAGCUCUCUGAGUUCAACGACUGGCUGAAGGAGCAGCAGGAGGAGGUGGACACGUUCAAAACCCACUGCCACAACAGGCAGAAACAGAUGGAGUCACUCCUCAGUGACCUGAACAGCCUGCAGAAGCAGCACGACAGCUUCCGUGAUUGGCUGCAGACCAAAGAAAAACAGUCUGUGGAGUCGGACAGAGUCAAACUACUUCUCAAAGAUCUUCAGGAUGAGAGCGGCAGAGUUGACACCCUCAGUGAGGUAUUGGCAUCAGUGCGCAGACAGGGCGUCAGAGCUGAAAGCCUCCUGAAAGACGGUGAUAACUUGAUACAGCGCUACAGAAACCUGGAAGCCAGGCUGCAGAAGCAGGCAGACGCCCAGAGCGCCCUGGAGGGGGAAUUUGACAAGUUAAAUACUCAGGCUGAGAGCACCAGGACCUGGAUCACUACACUUCUGCAACCCCUCACCUCCCAUAGCACAGACACCAAGACAGAGGAGAUGAAGCACAAAGCACAGGCCGUUCUGAGCUCCAGACCUGAGGGAGACGCUAAAGUGGACAACCUGAGAAGACAAAGCGAAAGUCUGUGUGAGCAGGAGGACCUGCAGGAGGCGCGGAAAAAAGAGAUUCAGCGGUCAGUCAGAGAAACAGAGGAGCAGUGGAGGACAGCUGUGCAGACAGCUGAACAGGCUCUCAACAAGGCGGAAGCACAGGCGCUGUUGGACAAAGACUUAGACGCUUUCAGAACCCAGAGUGAGAAUGUUCAGUCCUGGAUUAGAGAGCAGGAGCAGAGCUUGCAGUCGCUUGGUGGAUGCAUGCAAGCUGAAGAAAAGUGCCAGGUUGCACGAGCUAUGCUGAGCUCCAAACCUGAUGGAGAUUCAAAGCUCUGGAAUCUGAAGAAACAGUGUCAGAGUCUGUGUGACAACCAGAGCCUGGACGAGAGCAGGAGACAAGAGCUUCAGGAUUCAGUCAGACACACAGAGGAGCAGUGGAAGAAAGUCCUGCAGGCUGCCGAGGAGGCUCUCAACAAGGCAGAGACUGAUGCCACCAUCGGAAGGGACUAUGAUGAUUUCAAAACCCAGAGCGAGAGCACCCAGUCCUGGAUCAAAGAGCAGAAACAGAAGCUGUUGUCGCAUGGCAGUCGUGAGCAGGUUGAGGAAAGGUUACAGGCCGCACAGGCUGUUCUGAGCUCCAGACCUCAGGGAGAGUCCAAGAUGCUCGACCUGAAGAGACGAAGUGAAAGUCUGUGUGAGCAUCUGGAGGAGAGCAGGAAGGCCGAGGUUCAGCAGUUGGUGAGAGGCACAGAGCAGCAGUGGAGAUCAGUUCUGCAGGCGGCCACACAGGCCGAACUCCGAGCUCUUUCAGACGACUUCGACACUCAGAGUAAAAACACCCAGUCCUGGAUCAGAGACCAGCAACAGAAACUGCAGUCUGUGGGCAUUCACAGGCCGCCCGAGGAGAGAAGUGACAUGGCUCAGACCAUCUUGAGCUCCAAACCUGACGGUGACUGUAAGGUAAACAACCUGAGGAGGCGAGGCCAGACUCUGUGUGACCACACAGACGCAGACAAGGGCAGCAAAGUCCACGUUCAGCAGACGGUCAGAGAGACAGAGGAGCAGUGGAGGACGGUCCUGCAGGCGGCCAAGCAGGUGGAAGCUGAAGCAGGAACUGUGAUCAGCGAGGGGGCUGAGAGGAGAAGGAUGGAGCUGAGAGAGUUUGAUACACAUCAGCAGGACACUGGCAGCUGGUUUACAGACCUCCAACGACAAGUGGACUCGCUGAACAGCCAAACCAGAGCUGAGGACAGACUGCACUCAGCUCAGGCCAUUAUGAGCUCCAAGCCUAAAGGAGACUCCAAGCUCCAGGAGCUCAGGAGACGAGGCCAGAGUUUGUGCGGUCAGGACCUGGAGGAGCACAAAAAACAAGAGCUUCAGCAAAAAGUGAGAGGCGCAGAGGAGCAGUGGACGAGAGUCCUGCAAAACGCUAAACAAGCCCUGGAUCAGGCCGAGAGGCAGUGCGCCUUGGAGGUCCAGCUGAGGGAUUAUAACGCCCUGAGAGAAAACACCAGAACGUGGCUGGAAGACAAGCAGCAGAACCUCGUCUCUCUGGAUCUUCAGACAGAGCCAGAAAAGACAAUAAACACUGCACAGACUAUCCUGAGCUGUAAGCCCGAGGGAGACUCCAAGCUGACAGAACUGAGGAGACAGAGUCAGAGUCUGUCCGAUCAGGAGGACCUGGACGAGAACGUGAAGAGAGAGGCUCAGCAGGCGGUGAAAGAUUCAGAGGAGCAGUGGAGCACAGUCCUUCAGUCCGCCGAGAACACUCUGAAGAAAGCCGAGGUCCAGUACUCGCUCUCCAGGGAGCUCGAGGCCUUCCGCACCCAAGCAGGCAUCACCAUGACCUGGGUUAAAGAGCUGCAGCAACAGGCCGAGUCCAAAGGGAGUGGCACUCAGGGCAGCCAGGCUCAGAUAGAGGACAGGCUGAACACAACCAAGGCCAUCUUGAGUUCCAAGUCCAAUGGCGAGGCUCAAGUGAUGGGGCUGAAGACCCGAGCUCAGAGUCUGUGUGAGCAGGAAGACCUGGAGGGAGACAAGAAGCUGGAGGUUCAGCAGACGGUCAAAGACACUGAGCAGCAGUGGAGGAAAGUCCUGCGGGAUGCUGAGGACACACAGAGACAGUUGAAGGGUCUUGUGGAGCGCCUGGUGUCCUGCCAGUGUCAACGAGGCCAAGCUGAGGCCCGUCUGUCUGACCUCCAGAAGCAGAUCUCCAGCCUGCCACGUGUCUUCCCCUGGCCAGGCCUGGGAGAGCGCAGGCAGACGGUAGAACAGGCCCGGACUCUGCUGGACCAGACCACAGCUUUGGCUCCUGUCCUCUCAGAAAUCCGCACACAGACUGCAGAGCUGUUUGAGAUCACACAGGAUCAGAGCUGGUCAGAUCCCUCCUGGGCAGCCAAAGAGGCGUCCAUUCCUGCUCUGCUGAAGGAGCUGACUGAUGCAGUGACUAAGCUGGAGCAGGGCGUAGUGACGGAGAGGCAGUGCACCCAGCUGGUAGAGCAACACGAAGCAGCCCAGGACUGGCUGAGGGAACAUGUCAAAGGCCUGGGAGCCCCUCCAGCAGACAGACAGGGUCUACACAGUGCUGUCAACACUCUGAAGGCUUUACUCCAGACAGUGGACAGGGAACAGAGGGAGAUGAAAGAGCUGGACUCUGCUCGGGACAGUUUGCUGAGCCUUUGUACCCCCGGUGGUCGGGACGCUCUGACCCUGGAGAUCAGCCAUCUCCAUGAUCUCUGCACCACCUCGGAGCAGGAGGUGACGGAGCGCCUGGGGGCCUGUGAGACGCGCUUAUCAGAGCUGGACAGUCAGCUGGCCAGGAGGGUCCAGGUGCUGAAAGAGAGAGGUGCAGCCCUGCAGUGGGAGCUCCGCUCUCUGGACCAGGCGCUCAGUUAUAGUGAACCACAGAACAACAUCGCCCAGCUCCAACAGCACUGGCACAGCCUUCAGAACUGUGAGAAGUCACUCGAAGAUUUGGGUGGCAAAGUUCAUGAUCUUUACCAGGAGAUAAAGGCUACACCUGCCACUGACGAGCUGCCAACAGAAAUUAUCACAGUGGUCGAGUCUUUACAGCAGCAACAUGACAGUCUAAAAACCAGGCUGAGUGAGCGUCAGAGUACCUGCUCUACAAACACAGCUCGCUGUUUGAUGGACUCUCUUCACACCCUGCAGGAAUGGAACCACAGCAAACCAUCAGAGUCCAGUUCUUCUGUGCAGGUGACAUUAGAGGAAGGUGAAAAGUUGCAGGUCGGCCUGCGGGAGGCGCUGUCUCACCAGCAGUUUCUAUCAGACUGUUUGAUGCCAGUCUUGUUUGAGAAACUGGAGAGAGAGGGUUCAGAGACACUCAGAGAAGCAGACACACACAAGGCUUCUCUCAGCCAAGGCUUAAAGGAACUUGAUGAAAGGAGUAAAGUAAAGCUGCAUGAUGUCCUCCAGGGUAAUCGGGAGGACACAAAGACAUCAGCAGUGGCACCACCACGAAAAAACAAGCGCUCAUCCGAGAAAAAACAUCAAGUUAAAGAACAGAAAAACAUUCCCUUAACAGAAAAAUCUACAUCUAUUGAUGACGAAAUGUCUGUUUCAGCUGAGCUGCAAACUGAGGCUAAAACAGCAAAACCUAGUGUGACAGCAGCCAUGCAAGACAUAAAAAUCAAUGUCGUGGAGCAAACCAGAAUCGAACCAACAAGGAAGAAAUCUCAGAGUAAAACAUCAGAAGAACCGUUUAAAAGUACAAAGCAAGAUAUCACUGCUGAGCCUGUUGGAGCUGAACAAAUGGAACAUGCUGUCAAUGAACCUGAUCUGAUCCAAAAGAUCACUGAGCAGUCUGCACCUGGUGCUAGUGAGAAGACUACACCUGUACCAUCCAGAAGAAAGUCCAAGACUUCAGCCACUUAUACUGAGCCUAUUAUGGUGAAAACUAUUACUCAAGGCUCACCCAGAAAUCAAACAGGAACUACUGUUGUUGAAGAAAUAAAAAAUAUAGCUACCAUUGUUCUAGAUGUAUCAGAGCCAUUCACAGCUGGCCCUGUAACAACUGAUGUUGCAGGUGAACUUAACAAGAAAGCGCAGGGGUCCUUGAAAUCUUCCAUUAUGACUGAACAAGCUGAAACCAUGGUUGUUGAGCAAGCCAAGCUUGGACCUACCACUAAAGAGUCAAAAAGUCCAAAUGUGUCCUCAAAGGUUUCUGUAGAAAAACCUGCACAGAUUAAGGGUGAUGCUGAGAAUGAAACUACACAGUUGACCACACAACCAGUUGAAACUGCUGUUUUGGGAGAAAGUAACCUCUCACCAACCAAAAGAAAGUCAAAGAGACCAAAACUUUCCCCAGAACUUUCUAACAAGGAGAAAACACACACCACAGGGAAGACUGAAUGCCAAUUAGGUUCUAAGGAGCAAACUGAAGCUGUUGUUGUGGAGGAUGAAACUAAGGUCAUACGAACCAGGAGGAAGUCAAAUAGUCUUGAUAUUUCAACUGUUCCAGAGACGACUGUUGAAAAAUCUAAUUUGGUGAAAGAGUCUGAGAAGUCUUCAGCUGCAGACUUUGUUCCAGAGUCAACUAAACUUGAUGUUUUGGAACCAAGUAAGAUUUUACCCCCCAAACGAAAAUCAAAGAGUCCAAAACUUCCCAUGAAACAGGCUGAUCAGAAGGCAGCACAGACGGAAGAACCUGAAAGUCAAAGGUCUGCUUUGAGUUUGAGGGAGCAAAGUGAAAGUGUUGAAACAAAGAUCAUUCCAACCAGAAGAAAGUCAAAAAGUGCUGAACUUAGCACAACAUUGCAGCAAGUGGAACCUGAAGAUAAUAAGAAAGAACCUGAUGGCCUGAAGUCUUGUUCAACUCCACAGGUGGUCACAGAAACAGUUGUUGUAAAAGAAAAACAGAUUUCUCCAACCAAAAGAAGAUCAAAGGGCCCAAAGCUCCCCCCAGAACAUGCUAACAAGGAGGUUGCAGUGACUAAGCAAGAGUCUGGAAGUCAGAAGCCUCCAGUGAGCUCUAGCGUGCCAACUGAAACUGUUAUUGAAGAAACAAAGAAUAUAGCAACCAUUAUUCUUGAUGUAUCAGAGCCAUUCACUACUGUCCCUGUAACAAAUUAUCCUAAAGUCAAGGUUUCCACAGUUCCAGAGUCAAUAUCUCACCUUGGUAUAAUUACUUGUGUUGCACCAGAGGAAAAUGACUGUGUAACCACAGGGUUUAUUCAAGGGCAAAGUCAAACUUCUGUUGUGGAACAAAGCAAGUUUGUACCACCAAAAAGAAAAUCAAAGAGUACAGGACUUGAUCUUAAACUUGAGGACACUGAUGCACCUCAGACAAUGGCUGAGCCUGAAGGACAAAAAUCUUGUUUGAGUUCCAAUGAGCAAAAUGUCAGUGAAGAAACAAAACUUAUACCAACCAGAAAAAAGUCAAAGAGUGGUGACUUUUCCAUGACUUCCAAGGCAGUUACCAAUGUUAGAUUAACUGAUGUAGAAAAAGGUGUUGAACCUUUAUCAGAACUUGUUACCACAGAGCUGACACAUGUAAAAGAAAUUCCUGGCAGUCAUAAGCCAGCUUCUACUCUAGAAGUGGUCACAGCAACAACUGAAAUUACUGUUGUGGAAAAAGGUAAGCCUUCGCCACCCAAAAGAAAGUCAAAGGGUGUUGAACCUUCAAAAGAACCUGUUUCCAAAGAGCUGACAGAGACCAAGGAAAGGUCUGACAGUAGCAAGCCAUCCUCAACUUCAGAAAUGUUCCCAACAACAUAUGAAAUGAGUGUUGUGGAAAAAGGUACACUUUCACCAACUCCAAAAAAGUCAACUGGUGUUGAACCCUUGACAGAACUUGUUACCAAAGACCUGACAAAGACCAAGGAAACGCCUGACAGUGAGGAGCCGUCUUCAACUUCAGAGGUGGUCCCAGCAACAUAUGAAAUGAGUGUUGUUGUGGAAAAAGGUGUUCUUUCACCAACUCCAAGAAAGACAACUGGUGUUGAACCUUCAAAAGAACUUGUUACCCACGACCUGACAAAGACCAAGGAAACAUCUGACAGUGACAAGCCGUCUUCAUCUUUAGAGGUGGUCCCAGCAACGUAUGAAAUGAGUGUUGUGGAAAAAGGUGUUCUUUCACCAACUCCAAGAAAGUCAACUGGUGUUGAGCCUUCGACAGAACUUGUUACUAACGACCUGACAAAGACCAAGGAAACACCUGACAGUGAGAAGCCGUCUUUAACUUCCGAGGUGGUCCCAGCAACGUAUGAAAUGAGUGUUGUUGUGGAAAAGGGUAUAGUUUCACCAACUCUAAGAAAGUCAACUGGUGUUGAACCUUUGACAGAACUUGUUACCAAAGACCUGACAAAGACCACGGAAAUGUCUGACAGUGUGAAGCCAUGUUCAACUUCAGAUGUGGUCCCAGCAACAUAUGAAAUGAGUGUUGUUGUGGAAAAAGGUGUUCUUUCACCAACCCGAAGAAAGUCAGAGAGUGUUGAUCCUUCCACAGAAGUUGUUAGUGAAGAGCUGGCAAAGUCAAAGGAUGAGCUUGACAGUCAUAAGCCCUCUUCAACUCCAGAGGGGGUGCCAGCAACAUAUGAAAUGAGUGUUGUUGUGGAAAAAGGUAUAGUUUUACCAACUCUAAGAAAGUCAACUGGUGUUGAACCUUUGACAGAACUUGUUACCAAAGACCUGACAAAGACCAAGGAAAAUCCUCACAAUGAGAAGCCAUCUUCAACUUUAGAGGUGGUCCCAGCAACGUAUGAAAUGAGUGUUGUUGUGGAAAAGUGUAGUCUUUCACCAACCUCAAGAAAGUCAGAGAGUGUUCAACCUUCGACAGAACUUGUUGCCAAAGAGCAGACAAAGACCAAGGAAGACCCUGACAGUGAGAAGGCAACGUCAACUUCAGAGGUGGUCCCAGCAACUUAUGAAAUGAGUGUUGUUGUGGAAAAAGGUAGUCUUUCACCAACUCCAAGAAAGUCAACUGGUGUUGAACCCUUGACAGAACUUGUUACCAAAGACCUGACAAAGACCAAGGAAACGCCUGACAGUGAGAAGCUGUCUUCAACUUCAGAGGUGGUCCCAGAAACAAAUGAAAUAAGUGUUGUUGUGGCAGAAGGUAUGCUUUCACCUACCAACAGACAGCCAACGGCUGUUCAACCUCCAGCAGAACUUGUUCCCACAAAGCUGACAUCAACCAAAGAGGAGCCUAGCGGUCAGAAGUCGUCUUUAACUCCUGAAGUGCCUCAAACAGAACCACCUGCCUCCACCAUGUCUACUGACACACCCCAUGUGGCAGAGUACAUCGACAACAUGAUGAAAAAUGCAGUUGAGAUUCAGAAGAGAUAUCUGGUCCUUGAUCUGCCUGAGAUAGGAGUUACCCAGACAUGUGAGAUAAAGCCACAUCGGCUUGAUGAAAUUGACUCUACUCAACCUCCCUCUGCCGUUUUUUCAUCAACACACCCUCAUAAGGCAGAGAUAGAGUUUUCAGAAACUAUCUUAUCUGAGCAAGACCUAAUGAAACCAAGUGAUACUUUGAAUCAGUUGAAACUCUCACAGGAACAACCCAGAGAGGACAUGGAACAAGGUGUCCACAAAGUAUCAACACUUUACCUUCAUGAUGCACCUAAGAGCCUGGAAGAGAAGCUGAUUAGAGUGGAAGAAAUCCACAAAGAGGCUGAAGUGCAUGUGGAUACACAGACUGGUCAGACACAAUGUAAGACAGAACCACAAAGCAAGGAUAUUAUUAGCACUGAUAUUCAGCCAGAGAAGGCUGCAGCUAAGAUAGGUAGAGGAGAUAGGGUAGAAGUGCAAAAAAACAUUAGUAAAUGUGAAGACAAUGUGGCUAAAGGUGACUUUUCCCAACCCACCACUGUUUUUGCAGCAGUGCAGAAAAGUGAAUCAGAGACACAGUUGCUACAAAUAAGCUUAUCUGAGCAUGACACAGGAAAACCAGGUCAACAGUUGGAGCUCUUGAGAACAACACAGGGAAGACCCAAGGAUGUCAAGGAUUUUGAUGUCCAGGAAGAGCAUGGCAAAGUGUUGACACAUGAUGUGCAUGAUACACCCAAGUGCCUAGAUGAAAGUUCUGUUAAGGAAAUCCUCUUGAGGCCUGAAGUGCGUGUUCUACAACUAGAUAUACAGACCAGCCCAGAGCAGGAAAACACAUCUGUAACAAGAGCAAAAGUGAUCGAUAUUGUUCAAACAAGUAUCCAGAGUGAAAGAAUGUCAGGAAAUGAAGAUAUAACUACUGCUGAUGUUACACCAGAGAAAGAUGCAGUUGAAAAGACUGCAUUAAAGAUGAAAGAAAGCAGUGCUGAAGACAGUGUUCCUAAAAUUGACUUUCCUGCUUCUUCUGAGUCUUUACAACCACACGUGACAGAGACAGAAUUUAUAGAAAUAAACAUAUAUGACCAAGACAUAGUAAAACCAAGCCAAACUGAAAGUAAGAUAGAGCCUUUGAAAACCACACAGAAUAGACCUUCUGAGGUUAAGGACCAUGGGGACCAAGAAGAGCAUCCUGAAGUGUCAGUGCAUGGUAUGCCCAAUGUACCCAAGAGCCUGGAUGAAAAGUCUGUUAAAGAGGGAGAAAUCCACAUAAAUGUACAUGAAUGCAAAACUGUCAUGGAAUCAAGUAUCCAGUAUGAGUCAGUUAAAGAAAGCAAGGCUGUAACUUCCACUGAUGAUCAGUCUGACAAGCCUGCAGUUAGAAUGACCAGCAAAGAAGUGCAAGAAAGCUUUACUGAAUCCCUGUCUGAACCUGGUGUGGUCCUGAAAGCCCAAACUGAGAGACACAAAACAGAUGCGAAGGAAAAUAAGAAAGAAGAUCAGAAUAAGGUGAAGAAGAAAACAACUCAGGAAGAGGAAAGUGAAAACAUGGUCAAGGUAGAAAUACAAAAUGUUCCACUCCCAAUGGCCACAACCACCACCACUGGUGAAAUGAGACUUCAAAGUAUGGAUUCACCACAGGAGGUGGACAAGGCUGGCAUGGUAUCACCAACAUCAACGCAGACAGUUCAGAAAUCUUCAACUGACAUUGUCUGGGGUGAGUUAACCAUGGCGGAAGGAGUGCCCUCUCAGGAAAACAAAACUAAAGCAGAAGCAAGUGUUAUGACGACUGAGAAACUUGUCCUGGAGGUACCAGAAGAAUCUGCCAUGGGGACCCUCUUCACAGAAGUACAGCUGCUCGCAGGAACCGGACCCAACAUUAAACUCAUUGAGGGUAAACCACUGGAGGAUGCUCCGGAGUCUCUGAUGACAUCCACCAGUGAUCUGAAAAAUCGUCUAAGCAGGCUGGUGUCUAAAGUCCUGAGCUGCAAGAACCACCCAGCAGAGCUCAACCCAACAGUCAUGGCCCAGCAGCUGGAGGAGGCUCAGGAGUGCAGAGAGUCUGCCCAGGCACAGGUAGCAUGGCUCUUUCAGUUGAGAGGUGCUGAUGCUGAGAACCGGGACACUCUGGAGCUUGUGGAGGACCAAUGGUGUACUGCUGCUCAGGAUGCAGCUGCUGUCUCUCAGAGUAAAGAGUCCCAGCUGCAGGUGGUGACUGAAUACUGCAGACAGACCCAAGCAGCCAAGACCACACUGGAGGGACUGACAGCAGAACUGGACGCUGUUAGAAAGUCCCCAGAGGAGAGCAGCACCAAGGAAGCAGAGAGAUUGAGCUCCUUACAGAGAAGUAUAGAGGACAACAGGACAGUCCUGGGGGAGAUGCUCGUGACCCAUACCAAGUUGUGCCCCCAUCUCAGCCGGUCUGAGCGAACAACUGCACAGGCUGAGCAGAGGAGCCUACAAGAGGCGUGGAGAGGCCUGGAAAAAGCUGUGGAGAGGAUCUUGUUUCAUACAAAUAUCAACGCUCAUGAGACCAGCAGCCUCCUGUCCGUGUUAUCAAGUCUUCAGGAACAUUUGAAGACAAUCGGCAAAGACCUUGAAACCAAGUCUGCUUCAGAUACUCAGUGGAACUGCAAGAAGGCACAAGAGUUGAUGGAGGCAAAUGCUGAGGUUAAAGCUGCCCAACAAAAAUACCUUCAUUUGCAGCAGCUGUCAGAGGUAGUACUCCUCAGUUCACGGUGGGAGAAGGAAACAAAGGAGAUACAGCAGGGUCUUCAGGGGGUUAAAGAUGAACUUUGCCACACAGAAGAGUUGGUGUCAUCCCAAACUCAGACCAGCAGCAACCCCAUCAUGGAGAAAAUCAUUGUAGUGAUGAGGGAUGGCCUUGCAUGGGCAAAGCAGACAGAGAGUGACAUUGAGGGCAGGAGGAAAAGGGUGGCUCUCCUCCCUGAGGAGGUGCACCGGCAGCUCAGAGAUCUGAAGAAGCUGCAGUCUGAAGUCAUGGCCAAACAGGGCCAACUGGAUUCACUGGUAGAGGAGAUGACAGAGUUCCUUCCACAGCUAGACCAGGCUGAGGAGGUGCCCAUGGUGCGCUCAACUCUGGAAUCCUUUGAGCAACUCUCAAAGUCGACCACUGACAAACUAGCCAUGGCUGUGAGAGAGAUAGAGUCAGGACUGCAGACCAGAGAAAAGCUGUCGGAGCAGAUUGCUGACCUUGACUCCUGGGUUGUGGCUCAUCUGCAUAGAGAGGCCUCCAGGAGUUCAGAUGAUGAGCUCAGGACACCUAUUGAAUUUGAUCGUAGAGUUCGUCAGGUCCAAGAGACCUUAGUUGAGGCUGAGAAACAGGCUGCUGUGUGUGAGGCUCUUUUAAUGAAGACUAAAGACAUUGCCUCUGAACUCAGCAUCACAGAGAACUGUCAGCUUUCUAACAAGCUUACCAGUCUCCAGGAAGACAUCCGAGCCAUCAGCAGCUAUGAGAAGGCCAACAAAAAGGAGCUGGACGAGCUCAUCCAGUGUUUAGAUUCAAGCAACAAGGACCUGGUCACUGUUGAAAAAAACAUCAGGCAGAUGUUGGUAGAUCUGACUAGACACAGGUACCCCAUCACAAGGGAGUCCCUGCAAGCUUUGGAGCCUUACAAACACAUGAUUUUGGAGCACAAGUCCCAGGUUGACUUCCUGCAGCCAUGGAUUCCCCAAGACAAGACAAGGGAACUGUACUCAAUAAUUGCUGAAAUUCAAAGAAAAAUGGCCAUCGUGGAAAUGAAAUCCAUAGAGCAUGAGAGGUACCUGUACAUGAGGCAGUGUGUAGAGGACCUCAGGGAGGACGUUGGGCAGCAGGGCCGCCAGACCAAAGAAGACAGCAAAGAGCCAGAGGAGAAGUACAAACUCUGUCAGACCCUGCUUGCCCAGAUUCCUCUCAUAAAGUAUUUGUCUGAGGAGGCUCACUCUAAACUCCAGAUGAUUGCUGCUGACCUUUACCCCUCACAACUGACCACAGAGCGUCAGAGACUGAAACAAAACAAGGAGAGCAUCGAAACCUUGGAGGUGACACUCUACAACAACCUCAGCAUCAUUGAGACCAAAAUGCCUUAUGAACUGGACUUUGACUCAGAGAAGAAAGCCGCUCAGGCUUUCCUCUGGAAGACCCAGCAGGAGCUCCAGAUAAUCCCAACGCUAGAGCCAAAUGAAACAAUGAUUAAGAGCAAAUACCGGAGAAUCGUGUCUUUGAAAAGGACUGUAGAGUCAAGAAUGAGAGCACUGGAGGUUCUAAAGCAAAAGAAGGGAAGCAGGCAAGGAAGCGAAUUACAAAAUCUGAUGGACUUGAAGAAGGCAGUCCUCAGUGAAUGUGACUCACAUAUGGGGGACAUCACCCACGCCAGAGAGUCUUUAAGAAGCUACACAUGUGCUGUUAGACAAGCAGUACAGUUUCUGAGUGACAUCGAGGUCUGUCUGCUGCCACCGCAAGGCUCUGCUGGACUCUGCUCUGAUAGACUGCAGGAGACCCAGCAGGCUUUGACCAAACUGCAGGAGCAGUUCCAGACACAUGUGGAGCAGCUUCAGAACCAGGCCCCCCUGCAUCCUUACUUGUGCCCCCAGAAGGUUGAGCAGCUCCAGGAGAAUAUUCUGAGCCAGCUCCUGGUGAGGAUGUCCACUCUCCAGGCAAAGGGCCACAUUCAACUGGAGUGUCUCAACAGGUGUGCAGAAAAUCACAGAAAAUACACAAAGUGUCAGGAGGAAAUCAUGCAGAGUGUGAAGAGCGCAGAGUACAGCCUCUCAGAGGUCAUCCGUCAAAAGGUCAUCUGCCUCGCUGACUGCACUGACCAGGAAACCAGGUUCCGAGCUCUGUCCGAGGAGCUGGAGUCCCUGCAGGGGCGUCUGGAGGAGCUGAAGGAGUGGUGUCCGGAGCAGAGCUGUUGUAGAAGCAGGGUGGCUACCGUGACUGCCCUCUGGAAACAGGUGUCAAGACUGCUUCGCUGCACACAUGAGCUGACAGCUCGUAGUAAGCAGAGGAUCGAAGAAUGGAGCGAGAUCACCAACAGUGUGGAGAAGGCAUCCGUUGUCCUGGAGCAGGUGGAGGCGGAGCUUCCAGACAACGCCGGGGUUAAGGCCUCCACCGAGGAGCUUCAGGACUUGCUGCAGUCCUGGGAACAGUACCAGGACAGACUGGACUGCGAACACCGAGCGCUGUCCGCACUGGAGCUGCGCACUGCCACGCUGCUGGGUGUCCCUGCCCACCUGGAAGAGGCUCCUCCCACUCCACUCUGCCAGCGGCUGCAGGCGAUGCAGGCUCGAUACAGCAGUGUGAAGCAGAGGAGCAGGGAGGGUUUGGAGGCAGCAAGGAUGGAGCUGGAGGAGAGAGAAAAGGUCCACAUAGAGCUUCAGGGCAUCCAGGUUUGGCUGGAGGCUGCAGAUGACCUUCUGUCAGAGAUGGAGCAGAGCAGCAGCACACAGGAGCUUCAGGAGGUUCACAGCCAGCUGUGUACCCAGAAGGCUUUGCUCCAGCGCAUCAUGGAGACCCUGAAGAUGAAGUACAGCGACAUGUACACUCUGGUACCAGUGGAGAUCGAAGGCCAGGUGCAGGAGGUGAAACAGUCGCUGCAGCACGUGGAAGUGAAGGUGGGGGAGGCGUUGGAGAGGAGCGAUCCUGUCAACAGGCUGGGGGCAAAGUUGUCUGAGAUCCAGGCUGGCCUGAGGUCAGUUCAGAAAAGACUUGAAAAGAGAAGCCCCGAUGUGACUCAAGCUAAGAUCACUCAGAAGCGUGUGUGGGAUGAGCUGGACGUUUGGCACUCGUGUCUGGCGGCGUUGGAGAUGGACAUGCAUGACUUGGAGAAUCCAGAGGAGGCGCUGCACCUCACUGAAAGACUCGUGGAGGUCCAGCAGCUCCACUCCCAGCUGGCCAAACAGGCGGAGCAGAGGACAACGCUCAUCAGCAAGAUUCAUAAUUGGCUUCAGGAGCAUCAGGAGAUGAUCAAGAGCUCUAAGAGUUGGAUGGCUGAGGCUCAGUCGUGGCUCGCUGCCCCCUGCACCUACACCACCGCUAAAAGUCUGAGCACCAAUGUUCAGGCUCUGCAGAUGGUGUUGGACGACUCGGCACAAAUCCGAACCACUCUACAGGGCUUCAGCUCGGUCCUGAAGGAAAUGUCACAGGUUUGUGACAUCACAACUCUCCAGGAACAACUGAUCGAAGCUGAUAGCCAAGUGGCCAACGUUCAGGACAGCUUCAUUGCUCCUCUGUCUCAACUGGAGCACGCUGCGGCCGAGGUGGAAGCCAUUGAAAGUGAAGUCAAGAAGAUGGAGGAUGAUGUGGCUGAAAUCAAGACCAUACUAUCAUCUCCAGAAUCUUUCCCCAGCCCCAGAGAAGAAAGCCUCAAGGCUGUGGAGCAGAGGAUCCAGUCUAUGAGGAGGACUAUUGCAGAAAUCCAGAAGUGUAAACCAGACCUUUGUCUUCCAGACAAGUCUGAAGAGACUCUGACUGUCUUUACUGUAGUGGACCAGCUCCAGACCAUGCUGCUGGAACUGGAGAAGAAGGUCCCUGCUCUGUUCAUCCAGCAGCCUCCCACUCCAGUCCAAAUCAAAGCUGUGACGGCCCAUGAGAUGACCUCUCAACCUCAGUUCCUGAAAUCCACUUUGGUGGAGGCUGAGGAGGAAGAGGAGCAGGGCCAAAUCAGGAUCGCCCAUGUCGAAGUCGACGUUCUGAGGCGAUCCGGAGCCACACUGCUGACUGUGGAGCAGUCUUCACCUGAACAGAGAAAGUCCUGGACACCUGAAAGCACUCAGCAGCGGGAACAUGGAGGCGUGCUCCAGGCUGAAGAAGCCAUAGAAAAAAAAGGGAGGAGUGAGGAGCAGAGAGUGGAAGAAGGUGGAAGAGGUGUUUUAUGGUGGCUCUGGGAUACUUUCCUUGCCGCUUCUCCAGAGGAACCUCUGGUUGUCCCAGAAGAGACUGCUGAAGCUGCUACUGAACAAAGCACUGAACAGACUGGAGAAGAUAGGCCGGAUGUUGAGGGCCCCACUGACACCACAGAAGCAAGUUCAUCAGAAGCUUUAUCAAAACCGCUGGCCACAGUCACAACUCAGUCACUGCCUGAGAGCAUGGUAAACACUCAAGCCUCCACCAUAAACGUCUCCAAAUCCGACUCUGGAGCCCAGCAGAAAUGUGUAGUCUCCUAGAUGUAGAACUUGUAUGACUAGAACUUCUCACUGCUUCUUGAUCUAAGCACUUUCGACUUCUUCUAGAGCCGACCUAAGAUCUCACAUCUAUUCUGAGACUAAUCCUAGAGCCCACAAUGUCUUCUAGAACCCAUCGUAGAAUUCCCAUUGUGUUCUAGAAUCAAAGUCAGAUCUGUCAUUCCUUCUAGAACCAAGCCUAGAACAUCAGUGUUUACAGUCUAUCGUCGGUCUCUCGGCUUCUUCUAGAGCCAACCUUAACUCUCGAAUCAAGACUGAAUUUCAAAGCGUUCCUCUCUUCUAUAACAAACAAAUGCAGAGCUCUAGGAUCUAGAGACAAUGUCAUCUAGAAACAAGGCUUCCUCUAGAACUCUUUCUUGAUUCAACUUGGACCUUCCUGUGUCUUCAUCAAUCCUAGAUUUAAAGGCUUUAUCUCAAAUCAACUUCUAGAGCUGUAUAUGUCUUGUAGAAUUAUUAUUUUCCUAGAAUCAAAUCUAGAGCCCUAGAAAGAUUCUGGUACUAAGCCAGGUUCCAGGCUCUUCUAGAAAGUCUCACUUUUAAACCCUCAGUGCAUUUACAUGGCAUGAUGUGGAGAAUUCCAGAUAUUGGCUUCCAGCAGUUCAGAGAUGUUGACAUUUUGUCAGACAUUUGGAUUUAUUAUCAGUGUUUCUUACUGCAUUAUGACUAAUCGAACAGAGGAUAUGAUAGUAUAAUUAAAUUAGACGUGUGCCAAAGAUCAACUUUUUUCCAAGUUGAUUUGUGUUUACAUGAAGGACUACUGAGCUCGUCCAUACUCAGAGUAAUUCUGCCCAUUCAUUGACAUGUGGUCACCAGUGAGAUGACACAGCAGAUUAUUUGCAACUAUGUGAGAAGUGGUUGGCAGGGUGAUGGUUACUAUUUUACCAGAAAGCAGACUUAUAGUAUUUAGCAUGUGGGGUGGACGGUUUUAACAGUCUGUAAUAAGCUUUUGCAUGGAUCUGAAUUCUGAUGGGUUGAUAUGUUUUUAUAAAAGGCAGAAACAAAGUGUACUAAUAGACAUAUUUUGUGAAUGAUGUUUUCUAAUGUAUCAUAUAGGAAAUGGUGUUUUAAAAUAGAUUUGAUUGUCGGCCUUUCAUUUACUAUCUGAGCUCAUUUGCCAGCAAAUGCAGAGUAUAUCUGUCAAAAUAAACUCUUGUUUGCUUGCUUAUAUGCAUCUGCAAUUCUUAUUUCCAUAAGUUGAACAUGACAAUUAAUUGGUGUUGUACAGAGCUGAUUGAUUAACUGGGUAAUUAUGACUUUAAUUGCUCAGUCACUGCCUGGCAGCAGGGGAGAGAGUGGAGAGAAAAUCACGUUCGCUCUCGACAAUGCAGCUUUUUUACCUUUUCUAAGAUAACUGAUGGCCAUGAAAAUGCACUGGUUUGACAUGAUUACUGAUUAACACGCUGUUGUUGGCAGGUGAAAACCACAUAAUUCAAAUUUAGUCUUGGUUUAGUAUUAAUCAAUUAAAAGGAUUGUACUCAAAUAAUAAUAAAAAAAAUGUUGUACUCGCUCGUGCAAGAUGUUUUAAAGCUUUGUCCUUGCAAGAAGCUUCAGUUUUUGAGAUACAUGGUUUUCACCUGAAAGCAGCCGUACUGAGAUGUCUUAAAUUACAUAGCAUGUGCUGUACUUUUACCUUGUUCCACUUUUGUCUUUCCAUUCUGUCUACAUAUCCAAACAAGAGCACAAAUACAAAUAAACCCACAUCAGUGAUCUACUC